CUUUCGUUUUCCUGAACUUGGUGUCGCAGAUGAUCUUGUCGGUGCAGACUGCAGACUGGGAAACACCAGUCCUUCUUAGUCCUUCUACUCACAACAUAUAAGAAUCCAACUGGACCGCGUCCAAUUACUGAGGUCUGCACUACGAAGCAGGAUUUGAUCUUAUCCAGAUGUGGUCCACACAGUGGAGAACCAAAGAGUGAAGAAGUUCACUGGAAGUAGCUGAGUAAGUGAAACUUUGAUUCAUUAUUGUCUCUCAGGUUUUGUCUUCAUCACAAAUCAGCUGCUGCUCUUUGUUAGUGUGUUUAUGCAGAAAACUGAUGAGGACUGUGAUACAUUGGAUAAAGACUCAAAACCAUAAUGUGCCUUGAAUAUAAACUUGACAAAAUUUACAAGUAGAUAUUUGGUUUACUCUCUUCUCUUCAGGCGAACAGUCUGUGUCAGUGUCUUCAGAUGGCUGCAGGUUUUUACCAGCUUCAUUAAAUGUUUCUCAUUCUGUAUUUCAUAUCACAUCUGCCACUGUUUGAGCCUCUUUAACAGAGGAGAUCAGACUGUAAUGUGAUAUUUAGUAAGACUCAGUAUUCCUGUGAACUCUGAACAGAUUAGAUAGAGGCUCACAAAUCAAACUAUAAACUAUAAAACGAGCUCUGAUUUGAGUUCAGAUGGUUCAAAUGCUGGACUCCAGUCUGACUGAUACUCAAGUUGUUUUAUGGGCAUCAAGGUUCAUAUUCAUGUGUUAAAUAUUCUCCAUAUUUCGUGGAUAAUAUUUAACAGGAAUCAGUGAGCACCCCCUGCUGGUUCCCCCUGAGUGCUGCUUGUCAGUCUACAGUGAUACUGCAGGAUGGAUUUAUGGAGGCUUUGAGGGAUUCACUGCAGUCCUGCUGUAGUUAGUCCCUCACAACUACAUAAUCAGUUGUAGUCCCACUGAUACGAGCUACACCAGUUCUAUAGUGCCUACAAACAAGACAUGAAAUACUAACAGACUGUGAGGGAGACCAGGUAGUGUGAAUGAUCACAUAUGUGACAUGUAAGGUGUGGACAGAAAAUCAGUAAUAAAUAAAAGGUAAAAUUAAAUAGCCUGUCUCACUCAUUGCUGAUAAUGUGCGGUAAUAGGGAUAAUGAUAAAACUAGAAAGAUGUCAUUGUUAUGUUCUGUUAAUGAAAACUAAUUUAUUAUCCUCAUCUAAAUAAACUUCUGUUUCAAUAAUCACAAAAUGUGCAUGUAUAGAAUCAUGAGCAACUUGCAUUAAAUAAAUAAAUAAUUGAUUUUCUCAAAACCAUUUAAAAACUCUGCUAACUGCCACAAUGUGAUGUUUUAUUCUUCCCCGGAGGCUAUAUUUCUACCACCAUUAUUCAUUUAUUUUCAUAGAAAUCUUCCAUAGAUGUUAAUUCAGGAUUAUUUUGAUUGCUUUGUCUCUGAUAAAACCUCAGUAACAUCUGCAGCUGCAGCUUUUGUUGUGAAAGUGGAAUUUCAGAACAGAAGUUUGAUUAAUUGAUUCUCUGAGGUUUUGUUAGCGUGUUUAUGUAGAGAACAGAUUUAUUUCAUCUUUAGUGUCUUGGCAAUCAAACCACAAAGUUCCUCCAACAAUAAACUCUAAAAGUCUGUGAGCUGAUAUUUGUAGAGUCUGUAGGUAGAGAUGUAUUCUCCUCACAUCAGAAUAACUGUCUGAGUGUCUUAAUCAGAAGACUGCAGGUUAGCUUCAACAUCAUGAAAUGUUUCUCACCAUCCACUUUACAUCACAUCUAGAACUGUCUAGUCCUCUUUAACAGUGAAGUUUGAGUGUGAUGACAUGUUUAUUAGGACUGAGUUUUCACUUUGACUCUGAAGCUGGGCUCAUAGUCAAACUAUAAAACUGGAGAUGUGAUAUGAGACACUGGUGCACGUGACGGAUUCCAGUUUGAUUUUGAUGGCCAGAUUGAUUUAUGGAGGAGUUCAUUAUUGUGCUAGUGAAGAGAUUCAAAGGAAGUUUGAGGUUGUUAUCACCAUCUGGUCAGAAUGUGAAACAAACAGCCAUCAAUCUUUUUAAGUAUAUUUCAGUUGAUUGAAUUGUAAUCAGUGGUAACUCAACUUAAAGGAAGACUCACAUGGACUGCUAAACUCUGAAUGAGAAAACAAGGUUGGACUACAAGUCACUAAACUAACUUAAGAAUAAAGGCUUAAACUCAAGAGACCAAAUCAAACUCACCUCAGCUCCCACCCCAUGUGAGAGUGAAAUGAGUGAGCUGUAAGUGAGUGCAGUCCUUAUAUAACGUGUGCCAGGUGAGUGCAAUUAAGGGACAAAGUCCAGAGCCAAUCAAUGGUGAGAAAAGGAAACAAGGUCAAUCUGGUGAGCUGAAGGAGAGUGGGGAAAAAAGGGUAAGAAAAACAAGAAUAUUUACAACAGCCACCACCAUAUUUCUAGUUGGAAAUAUGUUUAAAUUACCAUAGUCAACAGUCCUUUUCAGGAAGUGAAGGCAGGGGGAUGAGACAUGCUACAGGUUUUUGUAUACGUUUUAUCCCACACUGUGACUUUUACUGUUCUUAUGUGGCCAUCUGUGCUCUUUAGAAGGCGUGUUACUUGUUUGGCCUGUAGGGAAAAGGAGGAUUUCAGUUGAUGUGCACAUGAAUGAUUUGUGUUUCCUCUGCAGGUGAAGGUAGAAAGUGUGUGUGAGCUGAUGUGUAUGUGAAUUUAGCAGCAUGGAUCAGUGUGAGGACAGAGAGGAGGGAGUCCCUCCCUCUAAAAGAGCCAGAGAGAGCCAGACCACAGCUCAGAGGAAGAAACGAGGAACUAAACGUAAACAUCAACCUGAACCCAGCUGUAUGUCCUUAAAAAGUGAUAAGUCAAAGAACUUUAAUGUUGAUUUCAAAGAAAAUUCUUCUGCUGCAGAGAGAGUGGACCAGAAGAGUUCAAUGGUUCCCAUUGAUCAACCUGCCAAACACCAUCAGACACAUUUGGACUCUGUAUUUAUGCUACUGGAGGACAACAUCAUCACUUUUUUCAAGAAUGAGCUGAAGGAGAUCCAGAAAAUUCUAAGUUCAGAUUACCCAGAAUCCUUAGGGAGCCAGAAAGAGGAUGAGGAGGUCUUGGAGGGUGAAGAUAAAGAUGAGAACAGAAACAGCAGAGAAGCAUUUUUGAAAAUCACACUGCACUUCCUGAGGAAACUGAAGCAGGAGGAACUGGCUGACUGUCUGCAGAGCAAAAUAUUUGCUGCAGAUUUUCGACAUGAACUCAAAUCUUCUCUGAAGAAUAAGUUCCAGUGUGUGUUUGAGGGGGUUGCUAGAGCAGGAAACCCAACUCUUCUGAAUCAGAUCUACACAGAGCUCUACAUCACAGAGGGAGAGACUGCAGAGGUCAAUGAAGAACAUGAGGUCAGACAGAUUGAAACAGCAUCCAGGAAACCAGACAGACCAGAAACAACAAUCAGACAAGAAGACAUCUUUAAAGCCUCAUUUGGAAGAGAACAACCAGUCAGGACAGUGAUGACAAAGGGAGUGGCUGGCAUUGGGAAAACAGUCCUAACACAGAAGUUCACUCUGGACUGGGCUGAAGACAAAGCCAACCAGGACAUCCAGCUCAUAUUUCCAUUCACUUUCAGAGAGCUGAAUGUGCUUAAAGAGGAAAAGUUCAGCUUGGUGGAACUUGUUCAUCACUUUUUUACUGAAACCAAAGAAGCAGGAAUCUGCAGCUUUGAAGACUUCCAGGUUGUUUUUAUCUUAGAUAGUCUGGAUGAGUGUCGACUUCCUCUGGACUUCCACAAAGCUACAAUCUUAACUGACCCUAGAAAGUCCACCACGGUGGAUGUGCUGUUGAUUAACCUCAUUAGGGGGAACCUGCUUCCCUCUGCUCGCCUCUGGAUAACCACACGACCUGCAGCAGCCAAUCAGAUCCCUCCAGAAUGUGUUGACAUUGUAACAGAGAUCAGGGGGUUCAAUGACUCACGGAAGGAGGAGUACUUCAGGAAAAGAUUCAGAGAUGAACAGCAAGCCAGCAGGAUAUUCUCUCACAUCAAGACAUCAAGAAGUGUCCACAUCAUGUGUCACAUCCCAGUCUUCUGCUGGAUCACUGCUACAGUUCUGGAGGAUGUGCUGAAAACCAAAGAGAAAGGAGAGCUGCCCAAGACCCUCACUCAGAUGUACAUCCACUUCCUGGUGGUUCAGGUCAAAGUGAAAAAAGUCAAGUAUGAUGGAGGAUCUGAGACAGAUCCACACUGGAGUCCAGAGAGUAGGAAGAUGAUUGAAUCUCUGGGAAAACUGGCUUUUGAGCAGCUGAAGAAAGGAAACCUGAUCUUUUAUGAAUCAGACCUGACGGAGUGUGGCAUCGAUAUCACAGCAGCCUCAGUGUACUCAGGAGUGUUCACACAGAUCUUUAUAGAGGAGAGAGGACUGUACCAGAAUAAGGUGUUCUGCUUUGUUCAUCUCAGUGUUCAGGAGUUUCUGGCUGCUCUUCAUGUCCACCUGACAUUUAUUAACUCUGGAGUUAAUCUGCUGGACGAGCAACAAAAAUCAUCGCAUCAGUGUGAAACAGAUGAAUACUUCUAUGAGAGUGCUGUGGAUAAGGCCUUACAGAGUCCAAAUGGACACUUGGACUUGUUCCUCCGUUUUCUUGUGGGUCUUUCAAUUCAGACCAAUCAGACUCUCCUACAAGGCCUGCUGACACAGACAGAACGUGGCUCACAGACCAAUCAGGGAACAGUUCAGUAUAUCAAGAACAAGCUCAGUGAGAAUCUAUCUGCAGAGAAAAAUAUCAAUCUGUUCCACUGUUUAAAUGAACUGAAUGAUUGUUCUCUAGUGGAGGAGAUCCAACAGUCUCUGAGAUCGGGACAUCUCUCUGCAGAUAAACUGUCUCCUGCUCAGUGGUCAGCUCUGGUCUUCAUCUUAUUGUCAUCAGAAAAAGAUAUGAAUGUGUUUGACCUGAAGAAAUACUCUGCUUCAGAGAAGGCUCUUCUAAGGCUGCUGCCUGUGGUCAAAGCCUCCAACAAAGCUCUACUGAGUGGCUGUGACCUCUCAGAGAAAAGCUGUGAUGCUCUGUCCUCACUUCUCAGUUCCCUGCCCGUUAGUCUGAGAGAGCUGGACCUGAGUAACAACAACUUGCGGGAUUCAGGAGUGAAGCUUUUGUCUGUUGGCCUCAAGAGUCCAUACUGGAAACUGGAAACUCUCAGUCUUUCAGGCUGUCUGAUCACAGAGGAUGGCUGUACUUCUAUAGCUUCAGCUCUGAGCUCCAACCCCUCAAAUCUGAGAGAGCUGGACCUGAGCUACAAUCAUCCUGGAGACUCAGGAAUGAAUCUGCUAAAGGAUCUACACUUGAGACUGGACACUCUCAGGGUGGAGCCUGCUGGAGUCCGAUGGUUGAGACCGGGUCUGAGGAAGUAUUCCUGUCAACUCACAAUCGACACAAACACAGUACACAGAAAUCUCAAAUUGUCUGACAACAACAAGAAGGUGACACAUGUUGAGGAGGUUCAGUCAUAUCCUGAUCAUCCAGACAGAUUUGAUUACCAGUAUCUUCAACUGCUGUGUAUAGAUGGUCUGACUGGUCGCUGUUACUGGGAGGUCGAGUGGAAAGUAGAGGUUCAAAUAUCGGUGAGCUAUGGAACAAUCCAAAGAAAAGGAGACAGUAAAGACUGUGUGUUUGGAAGGAAUGAUCAGUCCUGGAGUCUGUUUUCUUCUAAUGUUAAGGGUUACUCUGUCGUUCACGGUAACAGAGAAACAUAUCUGUACCCCCCAUCCUCCUCCUCCUCUGUCUCUAACAGAGUAGCAGUGUAUGUGGAUCAUCCUGCUGGCACUCUGUCCUUCUACAGAGUCUCCUCUGACACUCUGAUCCACCUCCACACCUUCAACACCACAUUCACUGAACCUCUUUAUGCUGGAUUUACAGUCUGGUUUCCUGGUUCCUCAGUUACUCUGUGCUGAGUUGAGUGUAAAGAGUUUCCUCCUGUUAGAGAAACACUCUGACUGUUGAAGAGUCUGUACAUGUCUGUCUCUUUCACUCAGAAGCACAUUUUCAGAUUCAUGGAUUCAGUCAGUUAAUGUUUUAAACUGUUUUAAAUUAUGGAAUCACUGAACAGCAGUUACCCAAAAGAUGAAUUUACAAACUGCUCAGAGACAUUCACACAUUAUUGUCUAUGGUUACAAGUUUAAUGAGCAUCCAGGGCUCAUUGUGAUUUUUACUUUUGCUGUUAGAAUGAUGAAGCGAUAGCUAGACUUUAGCUUGCCUGUAAUGGCAUUAAAUGAUCCUUUAGAAAACAGUUAUAAAUGUAUUAGUUCCCAGCUUUGUACAUUGCUGAAUCAUUAUUUUGUCUUCCUGGUUUCCAGUUUUCUACUUUCAUUGUAAGCCUGUUCGGUUUCCAAUCUAAAAAUAAAACUGUCUGAUUAGCCCGCA